GCCCGCAACGCCGGGAGCCGAACAGCGAGACCGAGCGGGGGAGACGAGCGGGAAAAACCCCCCGAAACCGCCCGAAACCACGGCUGAUCCUCCGGCUGGAACUCGGCUCCGCAUCCCCGGCCCCGCAUCCCGGGGCUCCGCAUCCCGGCGCUCCAUCCUCGGCUCCGCAUCCUGGGGAUCCACAUCCCGCAGCUCCAUCCCCGGCUUGGCAUCCCGGGGCUCCGCAUCCCGCAGCUCCAUCGACUCCGCAUCCCGCGGCUUCACAUCCCGAGGCGCCGCAUCCCAGUGCUCCACAUCCCGGGACUCCGCAUCCCGCAGCUCCAUCCCCGACUCUGCAUCCCGCGGCUCCAUCCCCGGUUCUGAAUCCCGGGGAUCCGUAUCCCGGUGUUCCAUCCUUGCCUCCGCAUCCCGCGGCUCCAUCCCCGGUUCCGCAUCCCGUGGCUUCAUAUCCCGGUGCUCCGCAUCUCAGUUCGCCAUCCGCGGGCUCCGCAUCCCCGGCUCUGUUCCCGGUUCUAUCCCCGGCUCCAUCCCCGGCGCUGCGGGCUCAGCAUGGGCGGAGGAGCCGCGCGCCUGCACCGGUGGCUGCUGCUGCUGCUGGGGCUGUGCAGCUGGACGGCCGCGCUGCGAGGACAUGAGAACAGCGAGGCCCUGCCCGAGUCCCUGCCCUCGGCGCCGGGGACCUUGCCUCAUUUCCUGGAGGAGCCCGACGAUUCCUACAUCAUCAAGAGCAACCCCAUCGUGCUGCGGUGCAGGGCCGUGCCCGCCAUGCAGAUCUUCUUCAAGUGCAACGGCGAGUGGGUGCACCAGAACGAGCACGUGUCCCACGAGAGCCUGGACGAGGCCACAGGGCUGAAGGUGAGGGAGGUCUCCAUCAACGUGACGAGGCAGCAGGUGGAGGAUUUCCAUGGCCCUGAGGAUUAUUGGUGCCAGUGCGUGGCCUGGAGCCACCUGGGCACCUCCAAGAGCAGGAAGGCGUCGGUGCGCAUCGCUUAUCUUCGGAAGAACUUCGAGCAAGACCCCCAGGGCAAGGAGGUUCCCAUUGAGGGGAUGAUCGUCCUGCACUGUCGGCCCCCUGAGGGCGUCCCUGCAGCCGAGGUGGAGUGGCUGAAGAACGAGGAGCCCAUCGAUUCCAACCUGGACGAGAACAUCGACACCAGGGCCGACCACAACCUCAUCAUCCGCCAGGCGCGCCUCUCCGACUCGGGCAACUACACCUGCAUGGCUGCCAACAUCGUGGCCAAGAGGAGGAGCCUGUCGGCCACCGUGGUGGUCUAUGUGAACGGGGGCUGGUCCUCAUGGACAGAGUGGUCCAGCUGCAACGCGCGCUGCGGCCGGGGCUGGCAGAAACGUUCGCGCACCUGCACCAACCCCGCGCCCCUCAACGGGGGAGCCUUCUGCGAGGGCAUGUCCGUGCAGAAAAUCACCUGCACCUCCCUCUGCCCCGUGGACGGCAGCUGGGAGGUGUGGAGCGAGUGGUCGGUGUGCAGCCCCGAGUGCGAGCACCUGCGCGUGCGGGAGUGCGCCGCGCCCGCGCCCCGCAACGGCGGCAAGCACUGCGAGGGGCUGAGCCAGGAGUCCGAGAACUGCACCGAGGGGCUCUGCAUACAAGACGUGGAGCGUGGCGCGGACGUGGCGCUGUACUCGGGGCUGGCGGCGGCGGUGCUGGCGGUGGCCGUGCUGGCGCUGGGGGUGACCCUGUACCGGCGCAGUCAGAGUGAGUACGGCGUGGAUGUCAUUGAUUCCUCUGCACUCACGGGAGGCUUCCAGACUUUUAAUUUUAAAACAGUCAGACAAGGUAACUCCCUGCUCCUGAACUCAUCCCUGCAGCCCGAGCUGACGGUCAGCAGGACCUACAGCGGCCCCAUCUGCCUGCAGGACCCGCUGGACAAGGAGCUGAUGACCGAGUCCUCCCUGUUCAACCCCCUGGCCGACAUCAAGGUCAAGGUGCAGAGCUCCUUCAUGGUGUCCCUGGGCGUCACCGAGCGGGCCGAGUUCCACGGCAAGGCCCACCCCGGCACCUUCCCCCACGGCAGCCCCAGGACCUUUGGGACCCUCCAGGCCCGGAACAAGGCCAUGUUCAUUCAGAACCUGGCCUCCAUCUCCAGCAGCAGCGAGCUGAGGAGCACAGCCCUGUUUGGGCACCUGGGGGGCCGCUUGGUGGUCCCCAACACAGGGGUCAGUCUGUUGAUUCCACAUGGGGCCAUUCCAGAGGAGAGUUCCUGGGAAAUCUACCUGGCCAUCACCCAGAGGGAGUCCAGCCUGGAGCCGGAGGGCCCCGAGGUGCUGCUGGGCCCCGAGGUGAGCUGCGGGCCCCCCGAGCUGGCCGUGAGCACCCCCUGUGCCCUGAGCAUCCCACACUGCGCCCACGCCGACCCCCAGCACUGGAGCAUCCACCUUAAAAGGAGGACCCAGCAGGGCAAGUGGGAGGAAGUGAUGUCUGUGGAAGAGGAAACUACUUCUUGCUACUGCCUGUUGGAUCCUUAUGCCUGUCACAUUCUCUUAAACAGCUUUGGAACUUAUGCCCUAAUUGGGGAACCCAUCUCAGACUGCGCCGUUCGACAGCUGAAAGUCGCCGUUUUUGGCUGCCUGUCUUGCAAUUCUCUGGAUUACAAUCUGAGGGUUUAUUGUGUGGAUAACACCCCUUGUGCAUUCCAGGAAGUGGUUUCGGAUGAAAGGCUCCAAGGGGGACAAUUGCUGGAGGAACCCAAACUUCUGCAUUUUAAAGGCAACACCUGCAGCCUCCAGAUCUCAGUGCUGGACGUGCCUCCCUUCCUGUGGAGAAUCAAACCCUUCACUGCCUGUCAGGAGGUGCCGUUCUCCCGCGUGUGGCGCGGCAGCCCCCGGCCCCUGCUCGGCGCCUUCUCCCUGGAGCGCUUCAGCCCCGCCACCACCCAGCUGUGCUGCACCGUGUGUGUCAGGCAGCUGCAGGGCCACGAGCAGCUGCUGCACAUCCAGACCUCCGUCCUCGAGGCCGAGAGAGAAAACAUCCCCUUCUUUGGCCACGAGGACAGCGCCUUCCCCGCCCAGCUGGGCCCCAAGGCCUUCAAGAUCCCGCGCUCCAUCCGGCAGCGCAUCUGCGCCACCUUCGACGCGCCCGGCGCCAAGGGCAAGGACUGGCAGCUGCUGGCACAGAAGAACAGCAUCAGCAGGAACCUCUCCUUCUUUGCCACCCAGAGCAGCCCCUCUGCCGUCAUCCUGGACCUGUGGGAGGCGCGGCACCAGCACGACGGGGACCUGGACUCGCUGGCCUGUGCCCUGGAGGAGAUUGGCAGGACACACUCCAAGCCCCCCGACGUGCCAGAGCCCGAGCUGGACGAGCCCGAGUUCCCCUGCACCAGGAAGGGGCUUUAGUCCCUCUGUCCUGCCAGGACACACGGCCAGCAGGGGUUGUGGGGAUGGAACUCGCCCCCAUCAGUGGCAACGGGAGGAGCAGAAGCUAAAAACCCUCUGGUGAUGAGGAAAACCAGCUCCUCCCUGUCCUCCUCCACUUAAAACCCACAUUUUGGUGCCCCAAACGAGCCUGCACUUGUGUCAGCGCCGGGGCAGGAGGGAGAGAGACACAGAGCCAUAAGAGGGAAAUGUUAUUCUGUAUUUAGGAACAGUCAUGUUCGUGUACUGCCUAGUGAAAAAUCAACAAAUAGCGUUGGAUAUUUCGAGCCACUGGAGGUUGGUCCUGGUUAAAAGGUUUCUCUAGUGAAAAUCAACAAAUAACACUGGAUAUUUCGAGCCACUGGAGGUUGGUCCUGGUUAAAAGGUUUCUCGCUUCAAGGGUGGUUUAAAAAUCCCAUCACGUUGUCACUUUAUGUCUGCUACAGGAAAACUGAAAAUUUGGCCUUAUCCUGUUCAGAUGUUUGAGGAAUUAGAAGAUCUCAUAAUUAUUUCACAUCGUGUGUAUUCCAAAUAAUUUGUUUUAAAAAUUCAGCCCCUUAAUGAAUGUACAUUUGCUGCAGAGCUUUGCUGCCUGCUCUGUUACCAAAAUUCCAGAACAAACCCCUUCUCUCUGAGACUGGGGGGUGUGUGCACACGCCAGAGGAAUUUUCUAAUUUUCUACGUCUGCAAACUUUCUUAGUCAAAAAACUGUCUUUGGGGGUGGAUUUAAAUAACCAAAUAACACACGGGAAAUUUUCCAGCCCUAUUUUAGCAAGUUGAGACAUUUAUUUUUGUUACUUCAUUCUCUGUGGCUGAGCUGAAGGUGAAGGCAGUCAGCACAGCUUCAUUUUGGUUUGGUUUCAGAUUGAAACCACAAACCCCACACAGCACUGCCAACACUGGCCUGGAUUUUGUUGCACAGUUUGGGAAUUUUGCGGGGUCCAGAGCUGGCUGUGUUACCUUGGUUUAAUUACAAAUUGCAUUUUCCCCAAAAAUCAGGAUCUAAGCAGAGAAUUCAUGUCAUUUUUUACCCAUUCCAUGCAGAAAUUAUUUAUGGCUUCAAUCAAACCAAAAAGAGCUGUCACUGUGAGCGAGGGCCUGGUGGAGCUGGUACUGAGCCAAAUGUCACCAUUAUUUUUGACCAUUCUUUUCACUCCCAUCCUUCACCAUAGCCGAGGUGCUGGAGCCCGUGGGGCUGCCAGGGCACAGGCAGGAGAAAAAGGAACAGAAAUGAGGCUUUGGGAGCUUUGUGGAAAUGCAGGAAACCCAAACCAAGGGUUUGGAGGCUGUUUUAGCCUUGUGUUUGGCUGAGAGCAGGGCAGUUCCUUCACCCAGGACUGCAGGGUGAAAAUCUGAACAACAACAACAAUGAGAUCAGCAACAUCAGCUCUGUCCUUGCUUGUGCUGCCCUGAAAUCACAAAUGUCACUGCCUGCCCAGCUCAGGAAUAGGCUGAGACAUGGAAAUCCUGAAACUUGGAAAUCCUGAGACCAGUGCAAAGCUUUCCUGCAGUUCAGCAUCUCCUGCAAGCCUGGCAGGAGGCUCCUGGCACAGGUUUCGGGGCAGACAGAAAUACCGGCUGCAAGCUGUCACUGCUUUCAGCAGCACAUGCUCCUCCAGUUCCAUCCCCACUGACUGCCAGUCCUCCUCCACAAACCUGUUCUUGGUUGGACAAAAUGUCAGGCAUUAGAAAAAAAAACAAAACAAGGGAUGAUGGCACUGGGGGAACAAGCAGAGUCUGCGAGCUGCCGUUGUCGGGGAAACCAACCCGGCUCUGCCUGCAGCAGGGAUUUGUUCUCAGCGCCCCAGAGCUGCUCUGCUCCUGAGCAGGCUGGGUUUGUGCACCCCAGGUGCUGCAGGGGAUUCCUGGGUUAGACAUUGGAGGGGGAUCUUUGGGAUCAGGUGUUCUGGGAAGUCUGAACCUCUCAAGUACCUCAGAAAUGGGGAAAGUGUAGGAGCCCGAAUGAGGGAUGUGGGAUUCCAGGCACCUCUCCAAAAUGCAGAUUAUUGUAUCCAAAGUGCAGUUUAUUCUAUCCAAAAUGCAGUUUAUUCUAUCCAAGAUGCUACAGCAGUCCAGGGUCGUGGAUGACAGAGCUGUGCCUCCAGCUGUCAGUUCCAGCUGCAGGCAGGCCUGGACACCCACAUCCCUCAUUCGGGCUCUUACUAAUGGUGCCCCACGUUGGGCGCCACUGUGAGAGCCAAAAUGAGAGAUGUGGAACUCCAGGGGCUCUUCAAAAUGCAGUUUAUUGUAUCCAAAAUGCAGUUUAUUGUAUACAGAAUGCAGUUUAUUCUAUCCAAGAUGCUACAGCAGUCCAGGGUCGUGGGUGACAGAGCUGUGCCCACAGCUGUCAGCUCUAGCUGCACACAAGGCUGAAGACCCUUUAAUUUUGGCUACAAAUGCAUUAUAUACUUUUCUUUCCUGAGCAUCUUAAUACCAAUCUAUAGUAGAACUAAUCUAUACCUUAACUAUUAUCUACAGCCUAUCAUAACUACUGUAAUUACCAUAUUCAUGUUGCUGUUCUCCAAUCACUAAAAGUCAGUACAUUACAGUUUAAGCUAGAAGUUUUUUUCAGUUUUCUUGCAGUGGAAAAUUCUGAGAUAAUUUUCUACUUGCAACAUUUGCUGCCUUGUUUGCCUGUGCUAUCUUUCUGCUUGGUAAAAGCAUCUUCUUGUUUGGGGUGGGUUUAUCCUUUGUUCUAAGCCAUAAAACCCCUUCUAACUAACACACCCUUUGCCUCCCUGGUUAUCCAGUGAGACUGGCUCAGCAAUUCUUUUCUUCUAUACCAAAACUUGCUUCCAUCUCUAUUCCUUCAUCAGACUCUACAUUUAAAAAUCCUUCCGCCAAGCACACAUAUCUGUGAGACUUUCUAGUCAAACUCUCAUCCUUCCCAACAGGAAAGAGAGAAGGGAAAUUGGGAUUAAAAGGGAGGGUUUGGGAAAUCGGGAUGAAAAGGAGCUGCAUCCUCCUGCUCUGCUCCAUCCUCCUGACAGCCCAGGGGAGCCCCAGGAUCUGUGUGGGCUCAGCCUCUGCUGCCUUUCCUCGGGGUUCUGUCCACCCUGGAGCUCUGCAGACCCUCCCAGUGCAGGACCCCCCUCUCAGAAGGACCCUGCCCUGCCCCAGAAUCCCAGCCCACCCACAAUCCCAUGUCCUGAAAGGGAAUCAAUGUCCAAGCUGGACAAUUCUAUAGGGAAGCUGUUCCCCCAUGAAGGGCUCAGUUGGAUGUUGCCCUUUAGGUUUUGUUCCCUGGUUUUUCUUCUUCCCUUUGAUUAAAGCAACUCUUUGUUGCUGAUCUCACUCUUUGAGAUCCUGAAUCAACAACUCUCCAGCUUUCCUUCCUAUUCCUGACUGCUUUGAUGCUCUUGUGUUCUUCAAAUGAACCAGAAAUGCCCCAAAUAUUUAUUUCCUUUCUCCCUUUCUCUUUAAAAGACCUUUUGGAAAUCCGUGCACGUAUUCAUAUGAUUUGACCCAAAACACAGAUGUGGAGGAGCACCUGGAAAAGGAUUAGAGGCCAGGAAUUAAAAAUUCAUUCCUUUCUUCUGUUGUAUAAAUUAUGAUAAUUGAAAAACAAUUUUCCCUGAACUAGAAAGUAAAAGAAGGAGAAAUGUGCAUUUCCCCCCCUGUACAUUCCACGUGGCUGCCCUAGCUCUAUUCAGGGGAAAGAGCCAUUCUGAUUUUACAUCACCAAAGAAUCUGCUUUAAUAGAUUUUCAUUUUCCUGAGCACUUUGCCCAGGUAUUUCUGUGCCAUGACUCAUUGCAGACUAAUGGCUGCAUUUUAAAAAUGACUCCCAGCUCCGCCAGCACCAUAAAGCUCAUUUCCAUCUCGUACCGCCCUGCACUCCCACAGAAGUUUUAUUGGGAUUUUUGUAAUAGAUGAAGAGAUAUCAAACAAUUCUCUUUAAAAUCCAGCAAACUGCUUUUGUCCUUGUUUUUAUCUCUGGCCACAGCUGCUCUCCCCAUGUCUGGCCUGGGCACUGCUGCCUUUCAGAGAAUCUUAUUCAGCAUAAAUCACUUUGCAGGGUCUGGGAUAUUCACAUCACACUGCAAAUUCAUUCUUUUCCACCUGCAAGGCAGUGCUGUGAGAGUUUUAAAGCAUUCAAUAACUGAUCAAUUCCAAUUUUCCACUAAAGGGAGACACAGCCCAGGUCCACGGUGAGUUAAACAAGGGAGGGACCGGGCUGGGCUUCUGGUCACCAACUGAAUCUUCUUUUUUCAGGCUGUUUCUGCCUGUAAAACACAGAUUGCAGCAAAGAGCUGCUCUUGGCUGGUAAUUAACUGAGUGGAAAACAGGAAAUGAGAUUUGAAGUCCUUGACAACCAAGGACAAUCUCCAGGGUUACCUCUCUGGCCUUUCCUUGGCUGACGCCCCCAGAGAGUUCUGUCUCACCUGGAGCACAGCAGGAAAGGGGAACAUCCCUCACCCAGGGCCUGCCCGUGGUUUCCCAGGGGCUGCUCAUUCCUGGGAUGAGCUCUGGUGAAAUCCCUCCCUGGACACUGCUCCUGAUCCAACAGGGGCUGGGAUGUGCACAGCCCUCCCUGCCCAGCCCCAGAAUUUUGGGGUGGAAUUGGUGAAAUUCCUCCUUGGAUGAGCUCCUGAUCCUGCAGGGGCUGGGGUGUGCACAGCCCUCCCUGCCCAGCACCAGGGUUUUGGGGUGGAAUUGAUGAAGUUUGGGGUGCCCUGCACCCAGCCUGGGCACAGCAGGAGGGGAAAGUUUGGGGUUUCCUCCCAAACCCUCCCAGCACUGACUAGCCCCUGGCUCUGGCAGAGUGGAACAUCCAGCCCCUGCCAUGCCCACGCUGGAAUUGGGAAUAUUGACCCAUGGUUGGGAUAUCUCCUCAAGGAAUCCCUUCAGGUGUCUCUGGUUGGGAUAUCUCCUCAAGGAAUCCCUUCAGGUGUCCCUUGUUCAGGCACUGGAGGGGGAGGAAGGAAACCCCAAACCCCAGCCCCAGAUUUUUAGGUGAAGCUGUCGAUUUUCCCAUCCUUUCCCCCCUCAUCCUCCACCCCAGCCCCUGUGCUGAGCCCCAGGGCUCCUGAGUGCCUCUCCCAGCUGGGCAGGGCACACACAAACCCUGGGCUCACAACCACAGCUUUGGGAACAAAAACUCCAUCCCCUCACCUGGCGCUCCCCCAUCCCGCUGUGACCCUGAUAUCCCAGCUGAUAAACGGCUACAAAAAUGUUAAAUGUGCUCCUUGUGUUGGUUUGGAUAAUAUAAAACGUGGUGCUGGUCAGUCUGCUGAGGCUCUGGGCAGUGUCACGCAAGAGAUAACAAAAUUCCCAUUGCAUCCUCAACCAGAAUUUUAAGCCAGCUCUUAGGUGAAAACGGGAGGAGGAACUUCAACCCAGCCCGACACAAAAUAUAAAUAAUUCCUAAAAAGAGAAAAAAACAAAAAACAGAAGGAGCACAUGUAACAUUUUUGCAGCCGUUUAUUAGCUGGGCAUUUUGCCCCAACAAAAUGCCCAGCUGAUAAAUGCCUAAAAAAAUGUUAAAUGUGCUCCUGUUGUUGGUUUGGAUAAGAUAAAACGUGGUGCUGGUCAGUCUGGUGAGACUCUGGGCAGUGUCAGACAAGAGAUAACAAAAUUCCCAACUUGCAUCCUCAACUUUAAGCCAGCUCUUAGGUGAAAACAGGAGGAGGAACUUCGACCCAGCCUGACACAAAAUAUAAAUAAUUCCUAAAAAGAGAAAAAAAAAUAACCCAAAAGUAUUCCUCUAGAGAGACUUGUUUUCUCUUCUGCUCCUUUAUUUUUGCAGUGAAGAGGUUGUGAAAAGGUUCUUGGCUGCUCUGCCUGAGCAUCCCUCCCUGCCCCGGCGUGUUUGGGGUGAAGGAGGGCAGAGCCCUGAGCCCUUCCUAGGAUGAAGCUGAAGGAGAAGGGGAAGGGAGACAGAACGUGGAAUCAAAAGCAUGGCCUUGGCUUCAUACCACACUUUCUGUGCCUUGUUCUAUCAAUGUAAAUUCUGAAUGUUGUACAGUGAAAAUACUUGGGAGAGACUCCUUGGGAAAGGCUGCACUGGCUUCUUUUUUCAGCACAUGUACAUAUAUAAAUAUAUAUACAUAUAUAUAUAUAUUUGGUAAUGCCAACCAGCUGUGUUCUAUUGUCCUGGAGAAGUCAAAGUGGACACUUUGGGUGUUUUCUGUAGAGUUUCAGAGCUGUGUGGCCCCGGCCUUUGGAGAGAGGUGUACAGAUGGGAAUGAUGGAUAUCAGCUAUUUAUGAAU